CUGCGACAGACUCCAUCCCUUCUGUGUGUUCUCUAACUUCUGCAUUUCAGAAAAAUGGUUUUCAACCAGUUUAAUAGACCAUGGGGAGAUUUUGAACUCUACAACCAGACUCUCAUCUUUAAUUUUGUGCCAUUGAACAUCACUCUUGCACAGAAGAUUUUCACUCUGACCCUUUUGGAGAGGAUAUUUGGAGGAUGAUAUUUUUUUUCUUUUUGCCAGAGAAAGAUUUUGAAGAGUCUUCACUCAUUCAUACACCAAGGGUGUGUAACAUUUCCAGCUCCUAAGAUCCACAGACCUUGGCCGCCACAGCUUGCUUUACAUAAAGGAGAUAGGACAUGGCUGGUUUGGCAAGGUAAGUCUAGUUUAUUUGUUUUAUGUUGACUGUUCAGACAUAGAUGCCCUAGGCUGUGCCUGUACGGAUCAAACGUUUACCUUUGUUCUGCUCUGUAGUCAAAUGUAGUCCAGAGGAUGUGAAAAUGUCUUCCAUGCUACAUUACCUUUGAGGUUCCUCUGUAACACUGCUCUCAUCCUCAGCCUUUGAUGUUGGACUUGUUUCUUGACAUCUCGCUGCAAGCAGUGUUUCAAAUUGAGUUAAAGCGAUAGUUCACCCAAACAUGAAAAGUCAUCAAUUACUCACCCUUAUGUAGUUCCAAACCUGUUUGACUGUCUUUCCCCCAUGGAACACCAAAAAAGGUUAUGGACUGACAGACUAAUAAAAAAUAAAAUAAAAAAUAAAAAAGACUUUUUUGGGGGAAGAAUAUGCAAUGAAACUGAAUGGUAACUGAGGCUGUCAGUCUCUAACCUUCUGCCGUUUUCUUUAAAAGUAAAUGAUUUUCAUUUUUGGGUGAACUAUCUCUUUAGGGAACUCCCAUAAGAACAAAAAAAUAAAUUAAUAAACUUGGGGGGAAUUUAAAAAGAAGGAAAACUUUUCAUUAGUGAUUCGAACCUUCUGAAAUUUGAAAUGUCUAAACUCGCCCAAGAGCACAACUCUGACUCUCUUUUACCUUAAUGGUAUUGUUCAUACACUUAAAUUACUAUAACUAUCUCUGUGUUAACUAUUGUGCUGUUGAAUAGUCUUGUUAAUUACAUAAUGGCAGGGAUUGAGAAGCUCUGACACAACUCGAACAUUUGCCUGCAAAAAUUGUUUGAUAUCUUUGUUUAGCUGUAAAUACCAGAAAUAGUUCACUUCGAUAUUUGUAAGGAAUGGUGGAUGCCUCUCUUUCAUUCUCAUUCUUUCUCUGUUCUUUCUUGUCUUUUUGUAACACACAUACAUAAACACACUCUACCACAAUUUCCCCAACUUUCCAUUGAAUGGGUAUGUCCAUCUAUGUGUCUGUGUCUCUGUGGCUGCAUGUUUCGUGUGCGUCUGUUUCCUUUUGAGCAUCUUUUUGCAUGAUUCCUGGACUUUAUUUAAAUCAAUUUUGGUUUUAUGUUGAAUAUCUGUCUUUCAUUCCUUUCCGUCCUUUGGGCCCAUUUCCUUCCUUUGUACAUCUAUUUGUAUCUAUAUGUGUCGCCUUGUCCAUAAUUGUGUGUGUGUUGUCCCGUUCCUCUGUUCACACUUGUAUGUCUGUUUCUGUUGUCUUUCCCUUGUGUGUAUGUGCAUUGUGCCUGUGUGUGUUGGUGUGUUCAUGUUCACAGGUGUUGCUGGGGGAGGUUCACUCUGGUCUUAGCAGUACCCAGGUGGUGGUGAAGGAACUGAAGUCCAGUGCCAGCGUCCAGGACCAGAUGCAUUUCUUGGAAGAGGCUCGUCCAUACUGGAGUCUCCAUCACCCGGCUCUAGUGCAAUGCCUCACCCAAUGCACAGAGGUCACACCCUAUUUACUGGUCAUGGAGAUCUGCCCUCUGGGUGAUGUUAAAGGCUAUCUACGCAGCUGCAGGGCAACAGAUUCCGUGACUCCUGACCCCUUACUGCUUCAAAGAAUGGCAUGUGAGAUCACUUCAGGCUUGCUGCACCUUCACAAAAAUAACUUCACCCACAGUGAUUUGGCUUUAAGAAAUUGCCUGCUAACAUCAGACAUAAACGUCAAGAUUGGAGAUUAUGGACUAUCACAAAACAAGUACAAAGAUGACUACUUUGUGACAUCAGACCAGACCUGGAUUCCUUUACGUUGGAUUGCCCCUGAGCUGGUGGAUGAGGUUCAUGGUAACUUGCUGGUGGUGGACCAAACCAAGGAAAGCAACAUCUGGUCACUUGGUGUAACCAUCUGGGAGCUGUUUGAGUUGGGGAAUCAGCCAUAUCGUCAUUAUUCAGACAGACAGGUUCUCAGCUAUGCUGUGAAGGACCAGCAGUUGAAGCUGCCCAAGCCUCUUCUUAAGUACCCUCUUGCCGAUCGCUGGUAUGAAGUAAUGCAGUUCUGUUGGCUUCAGCCUGACCAGAGGCCCACUGCAGAGGAAGUACAUCUGCUGCUUAGUUACCUAUGUGCCAAAGGCGCCAGUGAGGCUGAAGAAGAUUUUGAGAGACGCUGGAACUCCAUGAGACCCAACACAAGCCAUGCCAAUCUACACGGAGCCGGCGUGCUUUCAAUUGACAUGCCCAUGUCAUCCACCACUUCCUCAUUCCCCCUACUAGAGCAGUUUCCCUCUGGAGAUGGCUACCACUCUGAAUCUGGAGAUGACAUCCUAACAGUUACUGAAACCAGCCAUGGCCUCAACUUUGAGUACAAGUGGGAGCAGGCCAGGGCUGAACAGCACUAUCGUUCUUCAUCUACUUCUGGCACUUUAGGUCAAGGUAAUCCCCAUUGUCAGGAGAUCUACUACCCUCCAGGAGGAAUGGUGGGUGACUGUGCAGUUGAAGGACGCACCCUAGGGGUCUCUCCUUCAUACUAUGAUUCCAAGCAACUACACACCCCUGGUGUGGUACCAGUUUUGAGCGCUCAUAAUCCAUCAGUUGGUAAUGAAUAUUACAUCCGGAUUGAGGAGCCAGUGCAAAGCAAUAUUGACAUGAACUUCACAAUGUGUUCUUACAGUCCAGAGUUUGGGGAAGGCAAUGGAGGCUUUCUAAGUAGUGGAGACUCUGGGGAGUGUAUCAAUAGUCCCUCUGAAGCCAAGCCAGCAGACAUAUACUGGUCAGCGGAGGUCCACAAAAGCAGUGCCUAUGAUUCAGACACCAGUCCUGCUGUGUCUCUAACUAUGGAGCCAAUUUUAAGCCAUGAGAGUCCUCUCAGGCCAUGGGAGUCUGGUCACUAUGUUUCAUACAAAGACAGAGAUGUAGGUUACUAUUAUGAGCCAUCACCUCCAAAGCGAAUGAACCACUACCUAAUUGGAGACUCAACAGAUUUGCCACAAGAGAGCUGGGGGUCUCGAAGCCUGAGACAGGCACUUGGGGAACUGGAGGACCCUUUAGGGGUCUCACCAUCACUUGACAGUCCACCACAGGGCUAUGCUGAUCCUUACUUGGAGAACAUCCAAGGCAGCAUCAUAGGAAAGAAUGUCACUGGAGGGUACUAUGAUAUGAUGGGUUCCUUGAGGAAGACUAUGCCAGGCAACCACUCGGUUUGCAUCGACAUGGCGUCAGGUGGAGCUAUAUUUGUAGGGCGAGAUGACAGUGACUCCGAUGAAGAUGAGGAAAUAUUUGUGGAGAGGCAAGGAGGAAGUUGGUCCACCAGAAAUCCAGCAAAUAACAACACAAGGACCUUGUGUCAGAGCCAAAUGUCUUGUCUGCAGGAUUCUUAUGCAGACUUCCAUUACACUAUGCCAAUGACAGAUGUUGAGGAUACAUGGCCAGAAGAGCAGAGCCUGCCAUACCACAUUUCCAAACCAGUUGACUACUUAGAGGCAACAGUCAAAAAUAAUACUUGUUUGGUGCAUGGAAGACAUGUACCUUCAAUCCCUUCACCCGAGUGCAACUCGUAUAUGAAUAUAUGCCAUGAACUCAGAGAGGCUGAAGUAUAUCCCGUGCCAUGUUGUCAGGCUUUGAGCAGUUCGCAUUUUGUAGACCCUCUAACUGGGACACUUGUGAGGAACUGCUUUAUGAUCGACUGUAUUUCAGGGAAAAGCAUGGUGUUGCCCCAAAAAGACCAACAUCUCGGCCAAGCACCUUUAUCUGCUGGACAUGUAGUGUCCAAAAUAGAGACAUCAAGGGAAGGUGCAAAACAGUUUGAGCAAGUCUUUGAGCAAUAUGUGGAUAUUGCAGUAGGGGACAUGAUCUCGAAACAAGGAAAAACUCAAGAAACAUCUCCUGCAUACCCCAAGACCGAAGUUAUUACCAUCACCCCACAGUUGGAGAAAUCCCCCUCAGAAUUACCCAAUUCAGAGCCAGAGUCAGAGUUGAGUAAGACAGUGGACAGUGGUGUGGAUCGUGGAUGCUCUAGUAUCAGCCUGGUGGAGAUAGAUGACUGUAGUGAUGAUGACAUCACUGAUGUUACCUCAGGGAUUUUUGCUGACUUCACAGUAGACACCUUAGACACUGUUGACUACGCCAAUCCAACAUUCAAGUCGUUACAAAAGCAGGUUGGUACCCCAGACUCAAUGGACUCUAUUGACAUACCAUCCACAGCAUGCUCAAGUGAGACUCUCAGUCCUGCGUCCGUCCAUCCAUCAAGUUCUCCCAAGACUGUGGACAGUGGCUACGACACUGAAAACAAUGAAUCUCCAGAAUUUGUUCAAAAGGAACCCCAUGAGAUAAAAAAUACCAAAGCCUUAAUCCAGCCAUCGGGAAAAGUGACAUCUGGAACUAAAUAUGUCAGCGAAGAACAAGAGGCUGAAUGGGCCAAAGCUGAGCAGAUUGAACAGAAUGUUGGUACUGUAAUGGCCUUGACAACAUCUGAGAGUAGUGAUGGGGAGUUGAAGGCACUGAGUGAUAAAACUCCAUACAGAGAUUCGGCCUACUUCUCUGACUAUGAUGCGGGGAAAGAUAAAGAAAGCGAAGAGGACACCAGUGAACUUGAGGACCAGAAAGAUGGACCAGAGCUCCUACAUCCUCCACAGGAGACAGAUGGAGAUGAAUGUCCUUUGUCGUCUACAAAGGAGUGUGAAAAAACUCUCAAACAAGCUGAGGACAUAACCUCCCAAGUUCUUUCAAAGGUAGACGAAGGCGUGUCUUCUUGUGACCCUGCCAUCUGCUGUGAAUUUUUCUCAGCUCCUGAUAACGAAGUAUCCACCAUAGAAGACCAUUUUGAUGGUGUAAACCUUCGGAUAGACCCAGAUCGCUCUGCAGAACUUGUACCAUCAGAAUCACAAGGAUCUGACUCAGAUGCCUCCCUUUUUCCCUAUGUAAAUCAAGAGGAUUCUUUCAAGCAAGAACCUAGUGAGAAUAGUCCAUCUCUUGACCCACUGAUCUCUGAGGAUGAUGUUGCAGAAAAUAUUGAGUUCAUUCCAGAGGUCCUCAUUGAAGAGGAGAGUAUCAAUGAGCAGGACAUAUUCAAAAGUGUGAGCUGUGCGAUUUUGUACACAGAAGAACCAGUGCCUUCAGAGAAGUUAUUGGGGCUUGGGGCAGAAAGCAGCAAUUCUUCUGAUUCUGCUACACUUGAGGAUCUGGAAACCAGAAAUAAAGACCCUGAAGAGGAAGGAUGUAAAAGAAGCUCCACACGUUCUUGCUCUCCUCCUCCUCCACAAGAAGGAUGGGUGUCUCCCAUGGAUGGGGAAGAGGCAGAUGAGGAAGAUGGCAACUCUGAGGACAGUGAUGAAUCGGAUGAGGAGUUGUGCACAUACAGUAUUCAGGAGCAGAGCGAAGAAAGUGAGGACGAUAUCUUGCCUGUGACUAUUAUUGUGAGUGACUGCAGUGAUGCACACAAACUGAGAAGCCUACUCAAGAUGCCAACUCUGCUCAGUGAUUCACUGUCUGAUGAAAUGGAGACCAAAAAGAAGGUGGUGUCCUUCUUUGAUGAUGUCACUGUAUUCCUGUUUGACCAGGAAAGCCCGACCAGGGAGCUGGCAGAUCAAAGCUUUACCCUUGGUGGAGAGUCAAGCAAACCAAGUGCAAAGGGCAAAUUGCCAAACCAGAAGGAAAAAGUUAAUAUCUCAGAUGACUCUUCUGAUGGAAACAUCUCAGAAGAGAAUGCAGGGUUUGAAUGGGAGGACGAUUUUCCCUUGUUGCCCCUUCCCACAUCUACCAAGGGUUCUCCUCCACACAGCACUUCAAAGCCUAGCUUACCGACCAGCAGCACUAAACCUGCAGCACAGGUCUCCUCUCGUUUCACUGUGUCUCCAUCCAAUGUUUCACGAUUCUCCAUCACACAUGUGUCAGAUUCAGAUAUGGAUUCUGCAGGAGGGAGCAGUGAAGAUGGGGAAAGAGAGUGAAGCAUCAUACUACUGCCAUCUCACAGACACCUUAUUUAUUUUAUGUUCAUUUUUAUUUAUUUGAACUGGGAGAACCAAGUAUGAAAGUUUUAAUCUCCAUAAAAACAAUGUUUGAAUCCCCUUGAAGACAGUACCUCUUAUUGUCAGCAAAUACUUUAGAGCAGCCCUUUUCAAAGGGCCCCAGCAGACAAUACAUGUGAAAAUGACUUUUAAAGUCAAACGUGAAUAAAGUCUUAUCAAACUUGAAAUCAAGCAUAUUUUAAAUGGAAGAAAGUUUGAUGGAUUAGUUUAUAUGAAGCUCCUGGAACUGUUUACAACACAACACAUCAGAUAAAUUGAUGAGAAAAUGGUCUUAAUGAAAUGUAUCAAAACUGAACUGAUUUUUACUGUGAAGUAGCAAUGCAGUAUUGUCAGUCUAGUAAAGAAGGGAUUCUAAAAAGAAGGGGUAUUUAAUUGUUUUUAUGACUAAAAAGAAGUUAAUGACACACUGCUGCCUUGUGUUUGUCACCUACUUGAGAGUAGCAUAGUCUUAUGGUGACGUGGCAUUCUGAAACCAGUUGUAUCGUUUAGUUAAUGAAUACAAUGGAAUUUUUUCUUGAUAUCAAAUUUCUUUCUUAAGCAAAUCAUUUGAUUGCAAAGCAUAUGUUUUUAUAUAAUUUGUGGGAUUUAUUUGGUGUUUUUUCAUUGCUCGUAUUUAAAUCAAUGUCCAUAUCAAGUCAAUCAUUUUAACAUUUUAGCUUUUUCUCAGUUUAGAGCAAAAUCAUGUCAAAAAUGAUGUCCUGCUGAGUUAAAAGGAUAAAACUUUGGUUAUCAUCAGCUGAACCCAUGACAUCAAAAAUUGAAAUUAAAUGAUUACCUUUUGAAAUAGUGAUGUUAUGCAAUUAAACUAGAAAAUCUCCAUAAUACUCUUAAUACUCAAAUAUAUGAGAAAAUAUCAAACAAUAUAUAAUUGACUAGAUAUUAUUAUGUAAUGGGGCAGUUCAUGGUUUGACAUGGUAUUAAUGAUGAGAAUGAUGUAUUUAUCAAUGAUGCUGUACAUGCCUACUAUCUUUUGAGGGUUGAAGCAGAGUUGUAUUAUGAUAAGGGUGUAAAUGACAGACUUAUUUAGGUUUUAUAUUUCCUGGAGCGUUGAAGAACAAAGAUAAAUUCUCUUUAUAGUUGUAAGCUGCAAUGCUUAACAGACUGUCGUGGACUUUUGACCAAAAGGAAUAUUUCAACUUCUGAACAAAAUGGACAUACUGUGUGAUCUUAAAAUAUUACUGUCAGAUAUUGACUUCUUAUUCUCAUAUGUGGUUGGGAAUCAUUAUCACAUCUUUCACAACUCAGACAUGAUCAAGGAGGACUUGCUGUCAGAUGUGACUGAGAACAGUGUACAGUACGGAGGAACUCAAUGCUACCUGCACAAUUCUGUGUGUCCAACCCCAAACCUGGCAGCCGGAGUGCCAAGCAGAAAUCUCGAUCCACUACUCUUGAUAUGUUCCAUGUUUGUUUGCCAAUGAAGUCAUUAUUAUAUGUAAUCAUCUAGCUUAGAUCGAACUAGACAGCAGUCUGUACUAUUUUUGUAUUCGAUUAAAACAUUUUAAACUGCUGAAAGAUCAAAUGGGUACUCAGGAGGAAAGGGAAAAUCUCCAUGUGUGUUCUGCCAAAGAAAUGUGUAUUGUGACACAUAAAGGCCGAAUCGGUGUUCCAUAUUUGUUCUAAUUCAGAGGGGCAGACAGUCACUGAUUUUCCUGGGUUUUGCUGCAGAAAUUUGUCUGUAUGAUUGUUUUUGAAUUGCAGUAUUAUGUUAAGCAAGAGUGGUCGUAAGUCAGUUUCUCAAAUGCGUCACAAAACUUAGUGAGAAAAAUAAAACAAAUCUGUUUUACCGUU